CUACCCUAGUCCAUUCCACCCACGCACGGAGUCCUCCUUUUAAGAAAGAAAGAAAUAUAUAUACAUACAACUUUGCUCGUCCAAUCUUCAUCGCCGAUCCGAUGACCGACGACGCGGUAUCUACCGGAAAUGUUACUUCCCCGGUGGCGGCGUCUCCUCUUGGAUCAUCAGUGAUACCAAUCGUUAACAAGCUUCAGGACAUUUUCGCUCAGCUAGGGAGUCAAUCCACUAUCGAGCUACCGCAAGUCGCCGUUGUCGGCAGUCAGAGCAGUGGCAAGUCCAGCGUUCUUGAAGCCCUAGUCGGUCGAGAUUUCUUGCCAAGAGGUUCCGACAUCUGCACUCGGCGUCCGCUGGUUCUUCAGUUGUUGCAGACUAAGAGGAAUCAGGAUGGGACUGAAGGGGAGGAGUACGGCGAGUUCUUGCAUUUGCCUGGCAAAAGAUUAUUUGAUUUUAAUGAAAUCCGAAGAGAAAUUCAGGCUGAGACCGAUAGAGAGGCAGGGGGGAACAAAGGUGUUUCCGACAAGCAGAUUCGACUGAAGAUCUUUUCGCCUAAUGUGCUUGACAUCACUUUGGUGGACUUACCUGGGAUAACGAAGGUUCCAGUUGGUGACCAGCCUUCUGAUAUUGAAGCACGGAUUAGAACAAUGAUAAUGUCAUAUAUUAAACUUCCCAGUUGUUUGAUUCUAGCAGUAACACCGGCUAAUGCUGACUUGGCAAAUUCUGAUGCACUCCAGAUAGCUGGAAACGCUGAUCCAGAUGGUUAUAGAACUAUUGGUGUAAUCACUAAGUUGGAUAUCAUGGACAGAGGUACAGAUGCCAAGAAUUUCUUGCUAGGGAAAGUGGUCCCUCUGAGGCUUGGUUAUGUAGGGGUUGUCAACCGUAGUCAAGAGGAUAUCAUGCAUAAUCGCAGUAUAAAAGAUGCGCUUGUGGCUGAAGAGAAAUUUUUUCGCAGUCGCCCAGUAUACAGUGACCUUGCCGAUCGAUGCGGUGUCCCCCAACUUGCAAAGAAGUUGAACCAGAUUCUUGUUCAGCACAUCAAGUCAGUGCUUCCAGGGUUGAAGUCACGCAUUAGUUCCGCACUUGUUAGUGUUGCAAAGGAGCAUGCCAGCUACGGUGAAAUCACAGAGUCUAAGGCUGGCCAGGGAGCUCUUCUUUUGAACAUCCUGUCCAAGUAUUGUGAAGCUUUUUCCUCAAUGAUAGAAGGGAAAAAUGAAGAAAUGUCUACAUCUGAACUGUCCGGUGGCGCACGCAUUCAUUACAUUUACCAAUCAAUUUUUGUGAAAAGCUUGGAGGAAGUGGAUCCAUGUGAGGAUUUAACAGAUGAUGACAUUAGAACUGCAAUUCAAAAUGCAACUGGUACAAGAUCUGCUUUAUUUGUACCUGAGUUUCCUUUUGAAGUGCUCGUUCGGAAGCAAAUAGCUCGUUUGUUGGACCCAAGCCUUCAAUGUGCUAGAUUCAUUUACGAUGAGUUGAUUAAGAUGAGUCAUCGUUGUAUGAUAAAUGAGUUGCAGCGAUUUCCUGUUCUUAGGAAGCGCAUGGAUGAUGUUAUAGGGAACUUUCUGCGGGAAGGCCUUCAACCCUCUGAGACAAUGAUUGGUCACAUUAUUGGAAUGGAGAUGGAUUACAUAAAUACUUCACACAAAAAUUUUAUUGGUGGUAGUAAAGCUGUAGAAAUUGCACAACAGCAGACAAAGUCCAAUAGAAUAACUGCAGCUAUUCCUAAACCAAAGGAGGCUGUAGAUACGGACAAAGCACCCGCAUCUGAAAGAAGCAUCAAGUCUCGUUCUAUUCUUGCCAGAACUGCAAACGGGAUUGUACCGGACCAGGCUGUUCAUACUGUUCCAGAUGUUGAGAAGCCCACAAUAUCUGGGAGUGGUCUAAGCUGGGGAAUCUCGUCAAUUUUUGGCGGUGGUUCUGAGCAUCGCACAUCUAUCAAAGAGAGUUCAACAAGCAAGCCUUUCAACGAGCCUGUUCAAAGCGUUGGGCAUAACUUUUCUUUGAUUCAUUUGAGAGAGCCCCCGCCUGUCUUGAGGCCUCCAGAAAGCCAUUCAGAUCAGGAGAUUAUGGAAAUUGCAGUAACGAAACUGCUGUUAAGGUCAUAUUAUGACAUUGUUAGAAAGAAUGUUGAGGAUUCCAUUCCUAAAGCAAUUAUGCACUUCCUGGUAAACCACACAAAGCGAGAUCUCCACAAUGUUUUCAUUAAGAAGCUUUACAGGGAUGACAUGUUUGAAGAAAUGUUGCAAGAACCUAAUGAGGUGGCAGCAAAGAGAAAACACACUCGAGAAACUUUACGUGUCCUCCAACAGGCUUUCAGGACAUUAGAUGAAUUGCCCCUGGAAGCGGAUUCAGUCGAGAGAGGUUACAGUGGAAAUAAUAAAAUUAGUAGUGAUCGAACUGGACUGCCAAAAAUCCAGGGAGGAUUCCCUUCUUCAUCUAUGUAUUCAUCAGGUAGCAGCGGUUCAAGCGAGUAUUACUAUUCUUCUUCUUCACCUAAAAACCGAAAAUCGAGAGCAGCGGCUUCUGGUGAGAUGUAUUAUUCAGAAUUUUCUAAUGGAGGAGGAGGAGGAAUGUACCCUACAGUUGAUGUGUGAAGGAAAAAAUGAAGAUUUUUAUGUCUCAUUUGUGUGGUGUGAUGAUUAAUUAUUGUUAACAACAAUCAUAAUAAUAAUAAUAAGAGAUUAUAUAUGUCCCAAGAGGGGGCUGCUUUCCAAUAUUAUUAGUUUGAAUGAAGGAGGAAAUAUUUAGCUUCUUCACAAUUUUCAAGUUUUCUUUCUUUGUAACAUACAUACAUAGUGGUUUUGAUUUUCUUGUUUACUAUUUGUUGUCUUUGUUUCAAUGGAUCAUAACAAUUGAAUUUUUGAUUAUGG